AUACUUGCCAAUCUAUAUACAGCACAGUACAGUACAUACCAUAUACCACAUGGAAGCAGGUGCCCACAUAAGACUCGCCGUAAGUUCCCCUGGUACAAGUUACCGCCAGCUAGUGCUGUACAUGUUACUAUACAUGACCUGUUCUCGCUUGCUGCGACUGCCGUGCCAGCACAGCCAUGGUUGAAGAAGGCUCCGAAACACCUCCCACCUUCAAGAACGGCCUGGCCACCGCCAAAUCAUCGUCUCCGCCCCGUCGGCAAACUACCGACGCUGCCGGUCGUUUCGACCCGGUCCGCCACCGCGACCCCUGUCCAUCGGUGCUGGCCGCUGAAAACAUCUUCAUCUCUUCGCCGUGCCUGUCGAUACCUGUCGACACGUCCGACGAUGCCUAUCACCGUCGCCAGGCCGCACCACUGUCGACGUCCGCUGUCGACGUACCUGUCGACUCAUCCAGCGGAACACCGUCGUAGAAACCCUCCGCCGGGAGGAGAUCCGCUGGGAAGAGGAGCUGCACGAAUAGUACGUCAAUCCGUAAUGUCUAUCCAUAAUUCGUAUGUCCUCAAUCAACAUCCAUCAAAACAUCGCUCAUAA